AUGGAACCAGGAAAUGACCAUAGACUAUAUGUGUCUAUAGAGGAUUUAGGUUUCAAUGGUGAAAAUUGCAACCAUAGGGGAAAAUUGAGAAAGAUUAACCACUAUGAUGAUGAUGAUACACAUGUCUACACAUCAAAGAACCUUGAAACAGAAAGAAAAAGGAGGGAGAAGCUCAGUAGCAGACUCUUGAUGCUUCGCUCUUUAGUACCAAACAUCACAAAUAUGAACAAAGCAAGCAUUAUUGAAGAUGCUAUCACUUACAUGCAAAAAUUGCAAAAUGAAGUUAAGAGUCUCACGGAUGAGCUUCAUGAUAUGGGAGGAACAAAAGAGAAAAAAGAUGAGACAAAAAUAAGUGAUUCUUCUGCUGCCGCUGCUGAAGAAGAGAUGAAAAAUUGGGGCAUACAGGAAGAGAUUGGGGUGGCAAAGGUUGAUAAGAAUAAGAUAUGGGUUAAGAUGAUACUUGUGAACAAGAGAGGAAGGAUUAUGAAAUUAAUUGAAGAUUUGAAUGAUUCACGCAUUGAAAUAAUUGACGUUAGUGUUACAACUAUAGAACAGGCAUAUCUUAUUACAGCAACAUUACAGGGCUUAGAUGGUGAACCACUUGAAGAAUAUCACAUUCCAACUCUUAUCAAGUUAGAUUAG